UGAUGGACACAGUUCUAAAGACGACCUUUCCCUUAUUUCGAUAGCAAACACAUGGAUAUGGCAUAAAGACGUUAAAUCACUAUCAGCUAGCCCAUGGAGUCAAGAAGCAAGCCUCAGCAGAGCCUCCGAGACAGACUGAGUCAGUGGGAGACAAAUCUAGCCCCUCUCACAGGUGCUCAGAAGAAGAGCUACAUGGAACUGUCGGCUACUGCUGUCUCAAGACCAAUGCCUCCCGAUGUCGUUCCAAGUGAAGGCGUUGGUGGUAGGACAAGGAGAGAGGAGUCACAUGACACCUCAAGCUCUCUGGGGCUGGACAAGAUUGAGAGCCCUCAGCAGUUUUUAGCCUGGUUUGAUGAAGUGGAGUCCCUUGCCCAGGAUGAGGAGAACAAGUGUUAUAAAGAUUACAUAGGUCAGCUGAGUGACUACCAGGACAAGUGUUCAAACAUGCUGACUGAGAUAGACAAGGCUGUCGAGUUUCUUGCAGAGAUGAGUGACAAGCACACACUGGUGGCACAGAAGACGGGGGCUCUGCAUCAGGCCUGUGAGCAGCUAGUGGAGGAGCAGACGAAACUGGUGAGUGUAGCGGAGAGUAUCAGUAGCAAGCUGUCGUACUUCACAGAGUUGGAGAGCGUUGGAGGGAGACUGGCGUCAUCCACUCUCUCUGUCACCAGCAAUAGUUUCACCAGCACUCUGACCAAACUGGACCACUGCAUCACCUUCAUACAACACAAUCCCCAGUACAAGGAGUCUCAAGUUUACCUUGUGAGGUUCAAGCAAUAUCUCUCUCGAGCUCUGGGCCUCGUCAAACAGCAUGUGAUCAACUCUCUAAAAAACACCACAAGGACAGUCAUGCCCAAACAGGGAGUGGCUCCAGGCCCCACUGAAAGUUCUUAUGCUCAGUACUAUGGAAAGUUCAGAGCAAAUGCUCCCAAACUCCAGGCGCUCAUGAAAGAGAUUGAAGUAAGAGCAGAUAAAGCACCAGAAUACGAGACGUUACUUCGAGACUGCCAUCAUUGCUACAUGUCCCAGAGAGGGCUUCUCCUCACACCAAUAGUGUCUGCUCAUAUCGAGGAGCUCAAGAAGGCACAUGCCUCCAAUAACACCGCCCUGGUUCGCUCGGGCUGCAACUACUUGUGUCGGGUAUGUCAAGAUGAGUAUCAGCUCUUCUUUCAUUUCUUCACUGCAGACAGUCAGCACUUAGUUGGAUUGUUGGAGAGCCUCUGUUUCUCACUGUACGACCUGCUGAGACCUGUCAUCAUCCACACUAACCACCUGGAGACCUUGGCUGACCUCACCACCAUCUUCAAGGUGGAGAUGCUCGAGGAAAGGGUUGAACCAAAAGGCAAGGAGCUGGCUGCCUUUGGAGGAGUGGUGAAACAGAUGCUGGAGGACACACAGCAGAGACUCAUCUUCAGGGCACAGCGUUUCAUCCAGACUGACAUCCGAGGGUACCGCCCUGCUGCAGGGGACCUGGCCUAUCCUGACAAGCUCAUUGUAGCAGCUGGGGCCACUCAAGGAGACCAGAAGUCCACUGAUUCUGACUCGGUAUUUGACACCAGUGGAGCAGAAAGUGAUGUUUCUGGUGACCAUGGCAACAAGACCCCUCCCCAGAGACGCAAGAGUCGUAGUGUAGUGGCUGCAGUGGACAUGCACGCCAUGUGGUACCCUACUGUCAGGAGAACCCUCCUCUGUCUAUCAAAGUUGUACAGAUGUGUUGAGAAACCAGUGUUUGAGGGCAUUGCCCACGAGGCUCUGUCAGAGUGUGUCAUCUCACUUCUCUCUGCCAGCGCUGCCAUUAAAGACAAGAAGCUGCCAGUUGAUGCUCAGUUGUUCCUGAUUAAGCACCUGCUGAUUCUGAGGGAGCAGAUUGCACCGUUUGACGUCGAUUUUGUCGUGACUGAAGUAACUUUAGACUGGUCCAAAACUAGAGCUGCUGCGUAUGGACUGUUGCACAAGAGGGCUCGACUCUUCUCUCUGAACAGUAGCAAUGCUAUCCUUGGAUUCUUUAUUGACGGCUCCCCUGGCAUAGUGGAGACACACCUCGACUCCAGAAAGGCAAUGGACAGACAGUUGAAGGUGGUUUGUGAGAAGUUCAUAGCUGGCACCACUGACUCUGUAGUGGACCCUCUCAAAGCUUUGCUGACUAGGUUCGAUGUUCUCGUCUCUCUGGCCUCAAAGGACAACCUCAAUCUCACAACACUCAUCCACCAGCAGCCAUUUGCUGGAGCAGACAAUGUCCAUGAGGUGAUGACCAAGACCAACCAGCUGGUGAAGAGUCGUGUCCCUGUCGUGAGGAAGAGCCUCUCCCUCUAUCUGGCCAAUGAGGAGACUGAACACAUUCUGUUCCGACCAUGCAGGGCUAACAUUUUGAAAUCUUUUGAGAGUCUGGAGAAGCUGGUCAAGCAACACUACUCAACUGAGGACCAGUACAUUGUCUCGUGCCCUACACAAGAAGAGGUUUCACUGAUGUUGGCUGGACAAUCUGAACAAUGAACUUUUAAAUUAGCCGUCUUUCAAGAACAACGAACAAUAACUAUAAUAGAUUUCAUUUGCCUUUUGUAAAACUCUUGUUGGGAGUUGGUAUAUUGUGAGGAAUUUGCACAUGAUACAUCACAUGUUGACAAUGAUAAUAAUGAUAAACAA